CACCGUGCGCUUCAGUUGGAUCAAAUUUAUGCACCCGUUCGGUAUCAUCCCGUGCGAGCGCGUCCGUGUGCCGCGUACUGACAAGGGGGACAACAAAAAAAAAGUACAACAAAAACACACAGUGACAACAAAAGUAGCAACAACAGCAACAAAAAACCUCUCACACACGCACACCCCCACCCUUCACCUCGUGCCGUGUUUGUUCGCCCGGAGGCCAACGGUUUGAAAACGGUAUCGUCUCGUGUGAAACUGGGCAAACUACUUACAUAGUGUUGUUAAUAUUGUGUAUGUGUGUGUGUAUGUGUGUGUUUCUGUGAGACCGUGUUUGUAAGAGUGUUUCCAUGCGUGUGUUGUGUGUGCUUCAAGGUGUUUGUGCUGUGUGCGUGUGGGUAUAAAGUGUUGGCAAAGUGCGUACGGUGAAGCCUUCGUAUUCGCGUGUACACAAAUGGCACUACUCCAAAGUUCGAUCGUUACUACGCCAGAAGCAGAGGCAACAACAGCGUAGUGGUAGUGGCCACAGCAGGCGACUUAGUGGCUAGUGUUUAUACACAAUUGGUCACACAAUUGCAUUGUAAUUGUUGCCGUACGCGUCUCAUAGUUUACGCCGUGCACGGAAAAGUGUCAGUUAAGUCAUUGAAUAUUUUUCGUCCACUGGUUGCAGCUUGAAAGCAUUUCACCCACGCAGCAGUCACUUCGUCGAAUCCCAUGCCAAAGUGAUAAACCCGGAAAGCCCGAUAGCUCCUGACGUAAACGUUUUUCACUGCUUUUGGGGCGGAGCUUGGCGACAGUGAAUGUGUGGUCGGGUGCAGGAGCCAGCCGAGCGUGUUUUGUAAAGUGUCGUUUGUUGCGCUGCCUCGGCUAGGAAGAUGAAGCGACAUCGUUAGCAUCAUGAAAGGUGGUAUCACCAUCUGCUUUCAGUCGGUUGGAGUUUAGCAUUACUUCUAAAAAGUUUGUCCCCGUUCCGAUCUUCCUGCUGGCCUGGGAUGGAAUGUUACACAUUUGAUGGUCGUUGUCGUUGUCCCUGGAGCGCCGCCGCCACCAGCCACGACCGGAGCGCAGACAACGGUCCCGUCCGACGGCAACAUGCGGGAAAAGAUUCCUAAAGUGCCCACCGGCUGCAACUAGCCCACGCUGGCAUUCCAACACAGCAGCAGCAGCAGCAGCAAGUAAAACACGGCCUCUCAUCCCAGCCAACUCUGGGCCUCGAAAAAGAGCAAAAACAUUCACACACCAAGGCCCAACACCACCACGCAGUCAGCAAAUUCGCACGCGUUCGAUGAGUGGCGGACAGAUGCAGACGGCGGUGGGGUGAUGAAAGUGAUUAAUCACCGGCGAGUGCCAAAAGCGGAGGUGCUUCGCGGACGGGACGUGGACGCAUCCACGGCGUAAGAAUCGCUCGGACACUUGAAGGUUUUUCGGUUUCGUUACUGCGUUUUGAGGUUGAAGGUGUUUUUUUAUUCUUCUGUUUUUUGGACGAAGCCGAAUAGCAGUGUGAGUGGGCGUGAGUGUGUGCAAGGAAGGAAAUAUUACAAGCCUUAAGGGCAGUGGAAAGUACCAUCAUUGCAGCAAGUGCUCGAAGGACGUACUCAAUAGCUUGCGGGUAAUUGGUAGCUUCGGGGAAGUUUUCAGAGUUCCAACGCCUAAAGUACUAACGCCGAGGCACUUGUGACGAUUAAAUGUUUUCGUAGAAUUGUGAGAAAGAGAGAGAGUGUGUCAGUGCGUGUGUGUGCGAGGGAGGCAAUUCAAGAAGUCUGAAUAGUAUAGGUCGCAUUUGGAGUGUGUAUGACUUCCGGUUAACUGGAAGCUUCCCAAGGAGUGGAAAGCUUUGAAAAGCUUUACCAAAAAAAGUUCAGAAAUUUUUUGUGGUGGUCGCAGAAGCGUACCUCUUCCCAUAUCCUUCAUAUCCAACAGUGAGAGUGUGUGGAAGCCAGGACCUUCGGGAGGUUUCCGUCCCGACCACCAAGCCAGCCCACCCCAACACUCGCCGGCAGGUAGUUUGCGCACUUGGAGGAUCAUUGAAAAAUUCCACCGAAUAGUAUGGCUUCGGUCGCCGCUUGGUUGCCAUUCGCACGGGCGGCGGCCAUCGGCUGGGUGCCGAUCGCGUCCCAUCCGCUGCCGGCCCCGCCCGUCUUCAAGGACCGGCUGCGGUCGGAGGACGAGAAGCUCAUCAUCAACGUGUCCGGCCGGCGGUUCGAAACCUGGCGCACGACCGUCGAGAAGUACCCGGACACACUGCUCGGCUCGAACGAGCGCGACUUCUUCUACGAUGAGGACAGCAAGGAGUACUUCUUCGACCGCGAUCCGGACAUCUUCCGCCACAUCCUCAACUACUAUCGCACCGGCAAGCUGCACUACCCGCGGCACGAGUGUCUGCUCAGCUACGAUGAGGAGCUGGCCUUUUUCGGCAUCAUGCCGGACGUGAUUGGCGACUGCUGCUACGAGGACUACCGCGACCGGAAGCGCGAAAAUGCGGAACGGCUGAUGGACGACAAGCUGUCGGAGAACAGCGACAACAACCUGCAGCAGCUGACCAACAUCAGACAACGGAUGUGGCGCGCCUUCGAGAAUCCGCAUACUUCCACUGCCGCGCUCGUGUUCUACUACGUCACGGGCUUCUUCAUUGCUGUAUCUGUGAUGGCGAACGUCGUCGAGACGGUACCGUGCGGGGUGCGGCCGGGCCGCGCCGGCACACUGUCGUGCGGCGAGCGCUACAAAAUCGUCUUCUUCUGUCUGGACACGGCCUGCGUGAUGAUCUUUACCGCCGAGUAUCUGCUGCGAUUGUUCGCCGCCCCGUGCCGGUGCAAGUUCGUGCGCAGCGUGAUGAGCAUCAUCGAUGUGGUCGCCAUUCUGCCGUACUACAUCGGGCUCGGCAUCACGGACAAUGACGACGUGUCCGGGGCGUUCGUGACGCUGCGCGUGUUUCGCGUCUUCCGUAUCUUCAAGUUCUCGCGCCACUCGCAGGGUUUGCGCAUCCUCGGCUACACGCUCAAGUCGUGCGCGUCCGAGCUGGGCUUUCUGGUGUUCUCGCUCGCGAUGGCCAUCAUCAUCUUUGCCACGGUCAUGUUCUACGCGGAGAAGAACGUGGACGGCACCAACUUUACCUCGAUUCCGGCCGCGUUCUGGUACACGAUCGUCACCAUGACCACGCUCGGCUACGGUGACAUGGUGCCGGAAACGAUUGCCGGCAAGAUCGUCGGUGGCGUUUGCUCGCUGAGCGGUGUGCUGGUCAUCGCGCUACCUGUACCUGUAAUCGUGUCCAACUUCAGCCGCAUCUACCACCAGAACCAGCGGGCGGACAAGCGGAAAGCACAGCGGAAAGCACGCCUUGCCCGAAUACGAAUAGCGAAAGCGGGCGCCAGUGCGGCGUUCGCGAGCAAGAAGAAGGCGGCCGAGUCGCGCCUAGCGGCGCAGGAGUCUGGCAUUGAACUGGACGACAACUACAACGACGAAGACAUCUUCGAGCUACAGCACCAUCAUCUGUUGCGAUGCUUGGAGAAGACUACGGACCGGGAGUUUGUCGAGCUAGAGACGCAGUACAACGGGCAGACGAAGCGGCCAGGAUCGCCCUCACCGAUGGCCAGCCCGUCGCACUCGGCCAACACGGCGACCGGAGCUACCGGAUUGCUCCAGUCCUGCUGCGGACGGUGCUGCUCGCAGCGAUAUCAGGAAAACCGGGAGUCUGGAAGGAACUCCUUCGAGGACACGGGCGACGAAUUGGAAGAGGCUGUUGGAAGCAAUGGGGACUGUGAGCGUACGGGCACCAGUGCAGCCAAGUAAUGAACCAUAAAAUAAUGAUCCCUGAUGAACUACACCUCAGCGAAUCAAUGAUGCCAGGAGGACGAUAUUCCGCUACGGGAAAGGAAGAAAUCAUAAUAAACUGCGCGCACCAGCGUAGAGAAUAUCGUUCUGGGUGACUUUUCUCCCCCGAUGGAAAGUGUGGCGUAACGCAAGAUCGUAACAGUAAAUGACGAGCAUAGCACAAGACCUAUGGAACUGCGCGCAAACAACAACAAUGCCCCAAAACACAGAAACGAACGCCACAGGGACGCUGAAGAUCCGGCGAAGGAUGCAGCUUUUCCCUUUUAUCCUGGCUCAUCUUCGGAAUGAAACGGAAAGCGCCAAUAUCACGAAAAGAUGCUGACCAAUUCACCAGCAUUCAAAGCAAAAAAGGGAGAGAACACAGAAAAGUUUAGAAAUUAAUCUUUUAAUGUUAAUUCGAAGUGAUACCACCACCAUGGUCAGAUGCAGGACGUAUCGUGGAUGUCCUGCGAAUGUAUUUUGUUUUCUUCGGGUGGGGUCAUGCGAAUGAUCAUUCAAAAAUAAAACAAAAAGAUGCCCACGAUUUGCAAAAACGACAAAACAAAAAACACUGCUCCAUAGGCCCACCGUGCGGGGAGCGUGCGUUAGCUGUACGGUUAGGAAGGAAGGAAGCAAAACCAAGUGUUAGGCGUGACAACCCCAUCUGCUAGGCAACUACUGUAAGCUGUGGCACUACUUUAUCACAAAUUACUACGUAAAUGUACAGCGUUACUCUAUUUCGCAACUCUAUCUCUUAUCAGACGAAGAUUAAACACACAGGCUAUUUUAUCGAAGCAAAAAACCACACACAUACACACAUAGUUAAGCCAGGCAGCAUCAUAUAGCAAGAGAAAGAGAGAGAGAGAAAGAGCGAGAAGGAUAGAAACUGUCCUGUGUUUUGGUGGUUAAGCUGCAAAACUGUUACUGUUAUAGCGAAGAUCGUAUCGUAUUUUCGGUUGUUUUUUCUAUUUACUACUUAAAAAUGGUUACUACCCCGCAUUAUGACCAGUAAGCCCUGGCUUCAUCCCCGUUACUUCGUGAACUGUUACCUGAAAAUAACCCAACCUGUCCCAGUUUCACUCUUAAUCGUUCUCUCCAUCUCUCUUCCACACCCCCUUUUGAGGAAACGGUAGCAUAGCGAAGUUAGCGAGGGAGCUACUGCAGGAGCAAACGAGGUUAAUGGCAAUGUUCUUCUACUACAACUACUAUUAUCUAUUACUAUUACCGACUAUUACCUAUUAGCUACUUAGGAGAGAAGCGUAGCACAAUGCAUAGUGUGUGGUUUACGCUUACGCGGUGAACAAUUUAGGAUAGCGCGUUCGAUGAAAAGCGAUACUGCGUUAGCUGUUUAACUGUCUCUCGAACCCUGGGGUACGCUACUUCCUGAACUGCACGGAGGUAACUGAACAAAACAACAUUUACUCGAAAAUGGGCAGAACAGAAAGGGAGAACACAUCAUACACACACACAAAAACAAUAUAGCUUUAAACGGAUUACCAAAACAAACAAAAACCCACUCAGAAACCCGAAAAGAUACAUACGAAUAUCCCCUGUCUAAUGAGCCAGAAACAAACUGCAACCACUGACAGCUGCAGAAUUGCAAUAGAAGAGAACAGAACCAGAUUGGUUUUGGUUUGUUAAGCAAAUCACCAUGUUUCCCAGUGCUAGACGUCACAUAUCAAGUGUGAAGAGUUACUGCGGCAGUGACCGCAAUUGAUAGUGGAAGAAAAAGCAUUACUAAAGCAUAAAGACAUGUUGGAAGGAAUUUAGAAACUCAAUGCAAAGGUAAUGCAAUUAUUAAAAGAAGGGGAAACUAGAUUAAAAGAAGAGAAAACUAGGGGAAGCGAUGAUAAAAUGCAAAUAGGUAAUAGUUAAAGAACGCGAGGGGUUAAAGAAUGAAUGCAAAACAGCAUUUAAAUGUUGCGAAAAGUUUCUUUGUUCAUUUCUAUCUGUUCUGUUUCGAUGUUUGGUUAUGUUUUAAACAAAAUUAAAAUACAGAAUACUGUUUAACACUAUUGAGUUGAAGUUGGAUUAUUAUUGCAUUAACCAUCUGAUUUUAUUAUAAAAAACAUAAAAAAGCAAUAUUUUUUUCUUUUUGACUAGGAGAAUGAAAAAAAACACAUCCAUGUUUUUUCUACCCGACAGCAUUCGAUUUUAACUAUUAGUCCUGCACAUAAUCGGGCAGGUGGUGGUAGAUGAUGUAAAUAAGAAUACCAGUCAGACACAAAGCUAACAAAAUGAACCGUAGAUAUACCAAAGCAUAAACAAAUCUCCUAAAAGGAUGCAUGCACCAGACACUGGGCAGGGAGUUUCUUGCCUGACUUGCGGCAGCCUUUUCCUUCCUUUUCGCUCCAUUUCGUUUCCACUCGCUUUAUGUAUCUUUACUCGGUCGAAAUCACGAGCCACAAACUAUCACUGUGCUCGCGUGUAUGCGUGUAUCUUUUCCAAUUGCGUAUUUUAACGGUUCCUUUCGCUAAACAUAGAAACAAAACAAAUACUACACGUUACUGUUAGAAAAAAUAAAGCACCACUCUUUAUUUCGAAUCGUGUAUGCAUUAAACCAAUCUUCCAGCUAGAACUGUGAAUACUACUUUAAUGAAAGGUAACUUAUAAAUAAUCGAGUAAAGUGACGUGAUUGUUGUUAAUUGAUAGUAGAGUAAAGGUGCGAUGAACAGGUAAAAGAAAAUAAUUAAACAAAUAAACACACACACACAAGCAAACACAUUUUUAGAAUAAAUCAAUGAAAAAAGAAACAAAUACACACAAAGUGUAAUGUGUUGAAGAAACGGAAACAGAACGAAAAUCAAACAAACAAAACGAAAAGUAAAUCACUAGAACGUAAUUAACAAACAACUUACAAUAGCGAGGCAAAGUAAUGCAAAGAAGCAGAAUUGGAAGCUCGUUGUCCAAUAUAAAAGAAAGUGGAAGAGACAGAGAAUACAAGAGGAUGGAAAACGAAAAAACAGCAUAGCGUAAGGAAACAAUUGUAAGGCUAAUAUCAAAUAUUGAUGGAUGUUAUAAACAUUAUUGUAAUACUUUUCAAUACAAAACCAACAAAGAGGAGAGGAAGGAAAACCUGCUGCUUAGAAAAAAAAACGUAAAUAAGAAUAAAUAGCAUUAAGAUGAGCGUACUCGAUGGAAACAAACACAAGCAACCAAACUACAAAAUACAUUCAAAUGAUUUUCUUGAUCUUUCGGAAGCCUGACGACGGAAGCUGGGGGAAGAAGCUAGCGACAAAAGAAAACUCGGAAACUGUUUCCGUGUUUUUUCGUUCGUUUGUUAAAUUUGCACGCCAGCUCUGUGGCGUAAUUUGUUUGCGUAACGAUCCAGGAUCUGCACAUCAAGAAAUCCUACGAAUACAAAUACGAAUACUCAUAAAGAUUCUUCCCCAUGCGCCCUCCAAGCUUGUGCAUCGGAGUACGACGCUCUGUAUGUAUGUAUGUGUGUGUGUGUAUGUGAAUGUUUUCCCUCCUCCAAGUAAACGGAUAACCCGUGUUAAAAUUCCCAGCAAUCAAACGAUGGGUAGCUGUAAUGAAACGAAACAGUGAAACUUAUGAAGUAAUUGUAAGCCAGCUAAGCGAAGCAUUGAACACAGUCUUGACAGUUGACCUGUAAUCAAUUAUUAAGGUGCAGUGAACGUUAUAAGUACUCUAGUGAAUAGCCAGUGGUUCAACGAGAAACCUCUCAGUAAGCUAGACGACAGGGAUGGUUAAGGACGGAAAAGGAUAUGAUAAUAUUAAAAAAGAGCCGAUUAAGAGGCAUCAACUCAUAAUUCUAAACUACAUGCGGAAAGAUGCAGCAAAGAGAGCGAAAAAACGAAUACAAAACGACAGAAGGAAACCCCUAAAUUAAUGUACCGCAAGAGAAUGUUGUUUUCGUAAAAGCAGAAAGUGUAAGACAUUUAACCAACACGUUCGUAAUGAAACAAAGCAAAAAUACUUUAAUAUGAAACUCACAACACGCUCACACAUCAAGCAUCCGGGCAGGAAGAGGCAUAUACAUUUCAAUCGUCCAAAACGAUGGCAAGGAAAAUGAGAAGAAGGUGAAAUAAUUAAAAAAAAAAAACAGAUCAUUAGCCCAUGUUUUCAAUGGGUAUGGCAGACAGAAUGGAAGCAAAUCUUAGCAAAAACAAAUCCAAAUCGUAAUAAUGAAUGUAUUAUAUUAAUAUUAUACUGGUGGCGGAAUAAGAGCAAUCCAUACAUCAAUAGCAAAAGCAGCAAAUAGAAAAGAAAAAAACACAGGAGAAUGGUAAAAGAUCCCAUAUCGCCAGGGCCAUCUGACGUUCAGGGACAUCGAAGAUCACGGGAACGGAAACGACGACUAGUACAGCAAACGGGAGGGUGGAAAUGAUAGUGGUGUUUGGUAUGUGGGUCUUAAAUGCUUACUACUUCCUGCUGUUGUCACUAUUUCUUGCGUACUUCCGGAAUAAACUUCUGGAACUGGAGCCACAGAGGAACUUGCCAAUAUAUUAUGUUUUUAUUCGAUUUUCUCAAGCCCUUUUUCAAUGCAAACAAGAGGAUUUAGUGUUCUUCUCUCUUUCCAUUAGAACUUUGUAGCAGGGAUCGCCUAUCUUAGCGGUGUGCCAGGAUUGUUAGUCUCCACUGUAUUAGCAAAAGCAGGGAAAAACAUAAGCAGCAUAGCGUGAACCAAAAGUAACACAAAAUACAACAAUACAAAAUACGUAGAUCGUACCGGUGUGUAGGUUGUAGCUUAGAGAAGAAAAAAAGAACUACAUCACAAUUAAAAAGCAAGCAAUUAGAAUACAAAUCUUUACAAAACAGCAGUAAACUAGAAAAGAGAGAAAUAGACACGCAAACCAAAAUAGCAAAGAAAUAAUCAAAGCUAAGUCAAGUGUUGUGCAAGACAAUUAAAUGAAUGGUAGUAAUGUUCAACUCAACGAAACAGAAAGAAGAAUGGUGAAACGAAGACGGAACAAAAUGGUAAACUUUUGAAAGGAUAACAAACGGCGACAUGGGCUUCUUUCCUCGCUUCUCUAGCUGUGUUGGUAUUUGGUGUGUUUUUAUUGGUGUAUUGAAAAGCAGAAGCGGCUCGGACUAUCAAUCGCUCUAUGCUCAACGCUUCAAUCAGGAAGGAAAAAAACAUGCGUGAAUUUUGUAUCCAUGCGAAGGAUAGAAGAGUAAUUGUUUACGGCCCAGUUGCGCCGAUUGAUAGUGAUUGAACGUUUUCACACCAUCUUUACUCUACAAACUGUUUGGAAUUUCUUCUUCCAAUGCGCUAGUAAAGUACCAAUUGAUUUUGAGUGAAUGCUUGGUUUUUUAGUUCGAUAACAUCGUCCUGUACUUGCAUCAUCAUCGCUUUACUCCACUCCCGGAUCCAUCCCUCGUGAACGUAAUGCUAGGAAUUCAGUGCAACCGUUCCACCAAACGUUGAACUUUGUGAAAUCCUGGACGCAUCAACAAGAAGCAACAAAAGGCCAUUGCAAAUUCUGCGCCAUACCUUUAGGGGGUUGAAAGACAAACGUGAGGAGAAAAAGCAAGCAUAUGAAACAGUAAAAUGAAAACCAAUUCUUAAUGAAUCCAAGCGUAGAUAGAAUGUUUUAAGCGGUAGUAAACAAUAGUGUAAAACGGUAAAACACCCUUAAACGCGUAAACGCAAUGCGAGGCGAACACGGUUCCCCAUACACACAAUCACACCCAUUAGUCGGUUAAUCACACAGAACAAACAAAAGAAAACUCCUACACGAAGCAACACACUCCUUCUCCCUGUUUCUCAUAGGUAAGGAGAGGAGAUAUGUUUUAGUACACAAGAAAACAAAAAUGGAUACAAAAACCAGAGAAAGAAGGAAAAAGCGUUUGAAACAACUCAAAAAAGGUAAGCAAAUAAACAAGCAACAAAAAAAAACAAGACAGCAAAGCAAAGUAUGAAAUACCAAUUAGAUUUAAUUACCCUAAAUCUUUUGUAAUAAACGAAAUGAAACCAAAAACUAACGAAACCAUAUUCAAACCGAUAACUGCCGGAUUCAGCAAACAAAAAAAAUGGAAGAAGAAGAAGUAAAUAAGAACGCGUGUAUGAGAGAACUAAACCUAUCCUAUAAGAGCAAACAGCAAAAGCACAUAAAAAUGGAGAGAAAAAAAUGAAUCGAUGACACCGAUGCUGAAUUGCGAGGAUACGUCAUUGUGUUUUCCGCGAUCAGGUGUAGAGUUGGGAUUGACUUGACACCAUCCCAAACACAUCAACCAGGAAUGCAACCGGCUUGAGCAAAACGAAUUUACCUUCCAAAACAGAAGAAAACAUCACACAGCUCACGACUUACUUACAUUACCUAUCUUUAGCUGCUUGUUUUCUUUCUUUGAAAAUAUAAAACAACGGAUCAACAAAUCAAGAACUUAACACAAGAUUUUCGAUGCAUUUUUGGAUUCUUCAGAAAUGCCAAUUUUUCAAAAGGUCUUCAAUUUUUCUCCCUUUUGCACUUCACAACUUUACUCCUGUAGUUGUGUUUAUGAGAUUCUGUAAUUCUAUUCCUUGUUUUUUUUUGGUUUCCCUCUCUAACUUCUCUCCUUUCCUACGUUUGUUAUCAGCUGUUUCGUCUGCUUGUAUGAUGACGAUGGGUUUUUGUACAUAGUGAUUUUAAUACCUAAUAAUAAAAACCAACCGCCUCCUAUCCUAUCGAAGCGACAACGCAUACCGUUCUAAAUAACGCAAGCAACACACAUACACAACAAAUACAUAAAUACACCCUCUCCCAACAAACCUUUUCAUGUAAAUAUUCUGUUUUUGAAUAGACCAAAACAAAUGAACAUAUAUAUAUUAUAUAUACAUUGACAGAUUCUUAGGUUAAAACGUGGUGAGAUGUGUAUCGAAGUUGAAAGGGAUAAUAAAGUGUUGUAUUCUGAAAAAAAAA